AGUUUCUCUCUGCUUCCUGUCAGCUUGGUUGUCCUGCAUGGUGACGGCUGUGGUCCCAAACAAACUAGAUGGCAUCCGAGACACUCUACAAAGUGGGCGAUGCGGAGGAGGCCCUGCUGAAGAAGGAAACCCUCAACGUGUUGAAUGCUCUCAAUCAGAUGUCGAAGCCCUUUCCAAACCCCAAGUCUAUGAACAGGACCGUCACUACCAAGGGACUCCCACUUUCCUCAAGGGGCAGUUUGGUUAACUUCUCAGAGGAAGAUGCCAUCAAUCUACCGAAGCAGAUGCCAAUGGAGGAUUCUGAAUGCAGCUCCGAUGACACCAGCAUCUCCCCCAUGUCAUCCACCUUGUUGAAUCCCAUCAAAUUGGCCGUGACCCAGCCCAAUAGCAGCUUCUUUGCAGGGAUGCUGGAGGGCGAGCUGAACAAACUCAGCUUCUCCUCGAUGGCCAAGAGUACAGAAAAGGGGGACCUGGCCCUCCGCCCCCAAUCGAAGUCCCAAAUUGCCCCCGGGGGCCUGCUGGACCUUGACAACCCUGAGGUGGACACAGACACCUCCUCGACACCCUCGGGGUCCUCUGUGGUCUUGGAUGUGCCGGAGGCGCCCUUCAUCUGUGAACACACGGUCAGCGAUUCCACGGCUGUGAUUUCCUGGACCUAUGCUCCGGGCAAGCAGCAGGUCAGUUUCUACCAGGUCCUGUUGCAGGAGGUGGUCAGGAAAAAUGGCACUGAGGUGCUAAAGGCAAAGAAUCGCCCAUGGAUCUUCAAUAAGAUCUUGGGCACCACUGUCAAGUUGAUGGAGCUGAAGCCUAACACGAGUUACUGCCUCACCGUCCGUGCAGCCAACACCGCUGGGGUGGGGAAGUGGUGCAAGCCCUACAAGUUUGCAACUGUGGCCACUGACUUGAAUAGCUUCCCCGAGAACAACCCCAUCCAGAUCACCGUGCAGCGCAGGGAACCCCAGCGGAAAACCGUGUCCAUCGGGCUGGAGGACAUGCGGAGGCUAGAAGAUCUGGAAUACCUCUUUCCCUACUAAGGGGGAGGGCCCCAGGAAGCCCCUCGCCUACCUUCAGCUUUGGUCCAGGGCCCUUCAGAUCCAGAACCAUGAAAUGUACCACCAGUACCAAGCCAGGGAACCACUGACCACACUGCCGGUCCCGGGCCCGGGGCCGAGGCUAGACAGGAGCUCCACGUACCUGGAGACACCGCAAGCCAGGCCAGAUCAGCCUCCACUGCCUGUGGCUGCUAGGCUUCCUUCCCCAGAUCUGGGCUGGUCCAGGUCCCUCAUUAAAACCUGCAGGUCAC